UGACGAUGUUGUUGGUGAUCAUGCGUAACCGGAAGAUUGGAUAGUUCGAUACUGCAUAUUGUUGUACUGCAAACUAGUUUCGUUAUUCAUUAGUAAUAAACACAAAGUGAAGUUUUCUAAGAUAGUUGUGUUGAAACAUAGCCUUUCGGUAUUAGUAGAUUAAGAGAGUUCUGUUUAGUCUAUAGGUCUGUCACUAUUUAUUAAAUUUACACUAAACUUUGAAAACAAUGGGUAGGCGUUUGCAAACAGCAGCUGCAUUGACGUGUAUGAAGAUCUGUCUGAUGGUUUUCAAUUUCAUAUUUUGGCUGACUGGUAUUGGAAUACUAGUUAUUGGAAUAUGGAUGAAAGUAGCAUUGUACCAAUUUCUUCAGCUCUCUGAUGAAUAUAACAAUGCUGCACCCAAUGUUCUCAUUGGGACAGGUGCAGCUAUCAUUGUUGUUGGAUUUUUGGCCUGCUGUUGCACCGUUAAAGGAAAGCCUGUUUUGUUGUACCUGUUCUCAUGUUUCUUAGUACUGGUGUUCAUGCUAGAGUUAGGAGCAGCCAUAUCUGGUUACAUUUUUCGUGGAAAACUCCAUGCUGGCUUCCAACGUGGCUUAAAUGAUGCUCUAAAGAAUUAUAAAGGAAGUGACAAUGUGCAUGACAAAAACCUAGAUCGUCUGCAGUCAACA